AUGUACUCGUCGGGUGGAGUGCCUACAUCUGACGAUGAGGACGAAGAGCAGGCAAGACAUGCUGAUCGAGAUGAAGAGUAUGACCCUCAAGAUUAUCAUACGGUAUAUAGGGGUCAACAUGGGAGAUUUGUUAGUAGUAGUCAAGCGAGUCAACCUUCUACCAGCUCAGCAGAGACAUGGUUAGUCCAGCAGCCGAUGUCGGGUGGUCCUGAGGAUGGUACCGUUAUCCCUAGUUUUGGUGGUCACGUGGCAUCAUAUAUAUGGGGUGGGCAGGAGCGUAAUGUUUUGCGCUGUUUGAGCAGGACACGGUUGUGUUCUGAAUUGGUUAACUGGCGAGAUCGUCUUGCACAGGAGCACCUGGAAUUGAUUGAUGGCAGUGGUCUAUCUCACUUACCCGAGAUCAUGUUUAGGCGUUUUGACUGGCCGUUAAUUUCUGCUUUUGUUAAAAGAUGGCAGCCAGAUACGAACACGUUCCAUAUGCCAUUUGGGGAGAUCACGAUCAUGUUGCACGAUGUGUACCAUAUUCUUGGGCUUCGGGUUGAUGGUUCCAUGGUUUCCACUACUCCUAGCACGGACGUCAUACGGGACGCGUGCUUGGUUACCAUGGAUAUGACUACGGGAGAGUUGAAUGGGAAGUGCGGUACUAAAACCAUUUGGCAGGAUAAUGACCGAGAGGAUUUUGGAUACGACUUUGGAGGCGCAGAGGCCCUUCAGUGUCCAUUACAGUGCCUACAUGCAUGUGCUACUCUAGUCUAUCUGUAUCGGCAGUUGGGUACGGCAUCACGAAAAGAUGCUGAUUCGAUUGUUCGUUGUCUCACGCUUCUGCAAGCGUGGAUCUACGAGUACUUUACGUGUUUUCGGCCUCAGCAGGGUACCUUGACGAGGGAGCUUAGUAUUCCUCGUGCGGCUGCGUGGGAUGUUGGACCGGGGUGCCUAAACAAGAGCAUGGAGUGCCUCCUCACUUUUCAUGCUAGACUGGAUCAGUUGACUAACCUUGAGGUUAACUGGCUCCCGUACGGAGUUGAUCUUGCACGACACGUGCCACCCACUCUAUUUAUUGGCUGCAUCCAGUACCGUAGCAUCAUUGAGCCAUACAUGCCUGAUCGAGUGGUUCGACAACUUGGAUUCGUCCUGGAAAUUCCAAGGACCAUUAUCAAGCCUGAGAAGGCCAAGAGACCGACGAACUUGAAGAUGUAUCGAGAAAACUUUCCGACCGAGAUGACAUCUGCGAUGUGGACUCGGUUUGUCCCUGUGGAUGGGUCGGUCCAUGGAGUUUAUCAACAGAGCACUAGAGGAGUAUCCCAACAUGUCGCGUGGAACAAGCUAAGGGCAAUGGUUGAGCAGCUCCGAGAUGAUUGGAAGGCGAUGAUUGGGUUGUGA